CCAUUGUUUGGCCUCUGCUUCCCCUGAUAUAGUGCGAGCUUCAGUGUUUUGGAAAGAGAAAAUCAUCACUUCUAGAGAGAGAAAUUGAUCUCGUUUCUCUUCUCUGAGUUUGAUUUCUGUUCGUAAUCAAACAGAUAAGGUUUACAUUUAUGGCAGGUAGUUACUUCGGUGUGUUGGUAUCAGAUCCAUGGCUACAGAAUCAAUUUACUCAAGUCGAGCUUCGAAGCUUGAAAUCUCAUUUUCUGACGAUGAGGAGGGAAAGUGGAAGUCUCACGCUUGGUGAUUUGCCAUCGAAAAUGUCCAAACUGAAAAACGUUGGAGAGAAUCUUACAGAGGAAGAACGAACUGCGUUUCUUCACGAUUCUUAUCAAAAUUUGGGGGAUGAAGUUGAUUUCGAACUCUUUCUUCGGGUUUACUUGAAUCUUCAAGCUCAUGCAACCUCAAGGAUGGGAAAGGGUGCUAAAAACUCAUCAGCAUUCUUGAAAUCUCCCACAUCUACACUCCUUCACACAAUUAGUGAAUCCGAGAAAGCUUCUUAUGUUGGACACAUCAAUAAUUACCUUGGAGAAGAUAACUUUCUGAAGAAGUUUCUACCCAUAGACCCUUCAACAAAUGAUCUGUUUGAGGUUGCAAAAGAUGGAGUUCUUAUCUGUAAACUUAUUAAUGUAGCAGUUCCAGGGACAAUUGAUGAAAGAGCCAUUAAUACCAAAACAGUCCUUAAUCCAUGGGAAAGAAAUGAAAACCACACCUUAUGCCUUAACUCUGCUAAAGCAAUAGGAUGCACAGUGGUUAACAUAGGAACACAGGACUUCAUUGAAGGAAGGAGGCAUCUUGUGCUUGGAGUGAUAUCUCAAAUAAUAAAAAUACAAUUAUUGGCAGAUCUUGAUUUGAAGAAAACACCUCAAUUGGUGGAACUUGUUGGUGAUAAUCAAGAUGUGGAGGAGCUUAUGAGUCUACCACCAGAGAAGAUUUUGCUUAGAUGGAUGAAUUUUCAUCUAAAGAAAACAGAAUACAAGAAAACAGUGACAAAUUUCUCAUCUGAUGUAAAGGAUGGAGAGGCUUAUUCUUACCUCUUAAAUGUUCUUGCUCCUGAACAUAGUAAUCCAUCAACUUUGGUUGUUAAAGAUCCUUUAAAAAGAGCAAAUUUAGUUCUUGAACAUGCUGAUAGAAUGGGUUGCAAGAGAUACUUAACAGCUAAAGACAUUGUAGAAGGCUCUCCCAAUCUUAACCUUGCAUUUGUUGCUCAUAUUUUCCAACACAGAAACGGAUUAUCAACCCCAGAAAAACCAGUAUCUUUCCUUGAAAUUUCACCAGAUGAAGCCCAAAUCACUAGAGAAGAAAGUGCUUUUCGUUUCUGGAUAAAUAGUCUUGGAGUUGCAUCAUAUAUAAACAAUGUCUUUGAAGAUGUCAGAAAUGGGUGGGUACUACUGGAGGCACUUGACAAAGUAUCACCAGGAAUUGUUAAUUGGAAAAUUGCAAAUAAGCCCCCGAUUAAAAUGCCCUUCAGAAAAGUAGAAAACUGUAACCAAGUUGUUAAAAUUGGGAAACAGUUGAAGUUCUCAUUGGUGAAUGUAGCUGGAAAUGAUAUUGUUCAAGGGAAUAAAAAACUAAUACUUGCUUAUUUAUGGCAAUUAAUGCGAUUCAACAUCUUACAACUUCUCAAGUACUUAAGAUCAUAUUCACUUGGGAAGGAAUUCACUGAUGCUGAUAUUUUAGACUGGGCUAACACCAAAGUCAGAAGCACUGGAAGCCAAAGUUGUAUGAAGAGCUUCAAGGACAAGAGUUUAUCAGAUGGAAUAUUUUUCCUUGAACUACUUAGUGCUGUGCAGCCUCGUGUUGUUAAUUGGCGCCUCGUUACAAAAGGCCAGACUGAGGAGGAGAAACAAAUGAAUGCAACAUAUAUCAUCAGUAUAGCGAGGAAAAUCGGGUGUUCAAUAUUUUUGCUACCCGAAGACAUAAUGGAGGUAAAUCAGAAAAUGAUCCUGACAUUGACAGCAAGUAUAAUGUAUUGGUUUUUCAAACAACCAAUGGAUGAACAAAGACCAUGUGGAUCAUCUGAUAGUGAAAAUGGUAAUCAACUUGAAACAAGCUCAAACUCAACAACGUAUGACACAGAGUCUGAAUCAUCUACAGACUGAGAUUGGGAAAAAACGGAUACGUUUUCACUUUUCAGUUUGAAUAUUUCGUGUAGAGUAUUUUUUUUUUUUUUUUUAUUUUAACCAAAAAAAAAGGAAAAAAUUAUUUUGUGUAUUUUUUAUUUUUAUUUUGCUGCACUAAAUUUUUGUAUUAAGAUCAGUCGAGUGCAGAUUUGGUAAAACAAAGGUAUUGGUGUAUUUGUAUAUAGUUAUAGAAUUGGGUUUUUAUUUGGAAAUGGCAUUUUGGUGUAUUUUGGUUA